GAUCCACGAUCAUAUCAGUAACCUUUUGAACUGAGGCCUAUCGCACUGGUUAGAACUGGACUGCAGCCGCGGCAGGCGGCUUCUGAUACCCGCUCCUACACAGCUAAACUUAAAAUAAACUAUAAAAAUACUUAAUUUAUUUAAGUUCCUUAUAAUUACGAGGUCAGAAACUGAUAAUAGGACGUUAUUAUUGUUAAGGUGUUAGUCAAUCCGCAUGUUCGCAGGGGAUUCGUCUUCUUAUCAGUACGAGACAAUUUAUAAGUAGGCAACGCGAGAACGAGCCAUCACUACGCGCAGCGAUCGCGCAGUGGCUACUAGUGGCCAUAAAAUCUAUUUAGUAUUAUAACAAUGUUAGUGUUUCCGCAUUUGAGGUCAGAUAUACGUAACGAGGGGUGCAGGACGUCAAGAUGGAUGCCUGCCGAGAGAUUCGCUCCUUAUUUCGCGAGACCAACUAUAAUCAAACAUUUGCCCCCGCAGGAAGAGGAUGACGACCUGUCUGGCGGAUCAUCCCCAGAGCAUGUAACUGAGUCAAUGGACAGUAUUGGUGUAUGCGGUUGGCGGGGGUGUAUGGCACGGUUUGCGAGCAUCCCCCGCCUUUCAGCACACAUCGCGCGAGUGCACGCGCAUGCACACAGAGACGGAUUGUUCUAUUGCAACUGGAAGGGUUGUUCUAGACCGCAACGGGGUUUUAACGCCAGGUACAAAAUGUUGGUGCAUGUAAGGACUCACACAAACGAACGUCCACAUACCUGUAAUCAGUGUCAAAAAAGCUUUUCAAGAGCCGAAAAUCUUAAAAUACAUCUCCGUUCACAUUCCGGGGAAAAACCAUACGUUUGCCCUUACGAGGGAUGCGGGAAAGCGUACUCAAAUUCAAGCGACAGGUUCAAACACACACGUACGCACACCGUGGAUAAGCCUUACUGCUGCAAAAUACCGGGUUGCAACAAACGUUACACGGAUCCGUCCAGCUUAAGGAAACAUGUCAAGACUUACAAACACUUCGUCAACGAUAAGGACCUGCCGAAACAUGAAAUGACGGAAGAAAGAGCGAGUUCUGAUAGCUCUUCACCGCUUCGGGAAAACAGCGGAUACGGCCAGUCCUCACCUCGUAUGUACAUCCCAAAUUGUAUACCCCCAUCAAAAUCCUCGUACAAUACCUACUUGCCGUAUUCGAAUCCCGCGUUAGGAGCGCCUUUAGGUUACUUACCAGUGUUAGAACAAGUUCCGUGUGUGCGACCGUUAGAGAGGGUUUUUCCCAUGAGAGUCCCGCCCCACGACAUGCCGUAUACAGACUACCACCUCUACGAGGACCAUUACCGGAACGUCUACCCUUACGGCCUAAAUUAUUCACCCUUAAGGCCGAAUGUCAAUGAAAAAGUAUUAUAUGAAGAGCAGGAAACAAUCGAGGAGAUACAAGUUGUUGAUACUGAAAAACACGUAGAAGUACCUUUAAACUUAAUAUGUAGCAAACGACUGGAGUUCAAGCCAGUCGACGAUCUAGUCAGACACACAGACUUGCCUCUAGAUUUAAGUACUAAGAGUUAAUUAAAUAAUAAAAAAACCGUUU